AACUCUUAAGUUGUCUGUUAGAAACUCGAAUAGUCUAAACGUUGCGUGUGUAACCAAAACUCUUCAAAGCGAGGUUCUAAAGUUCCAGUUUUUAAGACUACGAGAACACGAGAUGAUAUCCAUCCAGCUGUGUCUAUUGUCAGUUUUCAUAUUGAUUCUUCACCCGGAACGCUCGCUGCUAAGAGCAGAGGGAGGAUGUCCAAGGAAUGAGAAUGGCGGCCAGCAAAACUGGCGUCAUGCGGUUUAUCAGCGCAAGGGAAAAGGUUGGGCGUUAAAGAAUCACGUGUUCCUUUCAAGAACUGUUCGAUCCGAAAUAGAAUGCUCUUUGACAUGCUUGCGUCACGAGAGGUGUGAAUCGUUUAACUAUCGAGACAAUAUUCUUGAAGGACCACACAUCUGCGAAUUGAAUGACCAGACAAGAUUGACGAGGUCGCAUGAUUUACUACCAGGAGAUGGUUUCUCCUAUUACGACUCUGAAUUGAAACCAUGCUUGAAAAUGAGGUGCCAAAAUGGUGGAACAUGCCAUCCCGUCUUUAACAGCAGAGUAGCUCCAUAUUGUUGUCAGUGUCAGGAACGUUAUACUGGUGAUCUUUGCCAGCAUCUUAAGGGUUUCCGUUUCACCAAUAGCAGUUCAGGAGAUCAUGUUUCAGUUUCAGUGGGCGUAAGCAUUGAGAUGACGUCAUUGACUGUCUGUUUCCGAUUUAAGGCCAUUCCAAGGCAAUAUGGAGUUAGCACUCCUAUGUCAUACGUCACCAAUGAUUUCAGUUGCGCUUUACAGCUUUACGCAAAGGAGACUGUACGAAUUUACAUUAAGGAUCAAUUCAGUGAUUUCCCGUAUGUCCCUCUCUUGGAUAACACUUGGCAUCACGUGUGUUUCACGUGGGAAACAACUGGCGGAAACGUCUCACUCUAUAUAGACGGCUCUCUAAUUGGAAAAAAGCAGAGUGUGAGCCCGGGAAUGACCUUCAACAGUUCAGGGUCUAUAGUGCUGGGACAGUUGCAGAAACUGGUUGGCGGCGAGUUUCAAAAGAAUGAAUCUUUCUUCGGAGAUGUUACAGAUGUAAAUAUAUGGAAAAUUGAAUUGUCACUCAGUGCUAUAGUGAAGUUGUCAGAAGGUUGCUAUAGUCACAUGGGUAACUUGAUAAGCUGGUACGCAUUUCCAACUGGGACGGAGCAGUUUGAUAACGUGACAAACAGUAUCUCUUCAGAAUGUCUUGGGCUGAAUCCCUAUUUCGGCUAUGAUUUGGAAUUUCCAAGAAGAACCAAUGAAGACUAUGUUUACGGCCCGACGCUCUCAGCUCUGUCAGCUUUUACUCUGAGUUUGUUUGUGAGCUUCACAGACAAUGGCGACAAAACAUACUUCAACUACUACGCUGGUGUAGCUUACAAUGAAAUAUUCAUUCAUGAAAGGAAUAAUUAUUUUAUAGUUCGAAUAAAAGAUGUAAAAAAGCAACAUCGUUUUGCUAUUACUCCGGACGGUAUCUGGCACCACCUUGCCGUUACGUGGGAAAACACGAAUGGUUCUUAUGAGAUAUUCCUGGAUGGUGUAACUGUUUGGAGUGGAAACGAACUAGAAAAAGGAAAAAAAAUUCGUCCUGGUGGCAGCGUUGUCAUAGGAAACGACCAAGACUCUAUUGGUUUUCAGGCGAGAGAUGCUUACGUGGGAAACAUUUCACGAGUGAAUCUGUGGGAUCACGUGCUCCCUCGAGAAACUAUUACGUUGCUUUCCCAACGCUGUGGAAAGGAAAGCGGCAAUGAAGUGUCCUGGAGGGAUUUUAAAGAAAGACCUUUCCAUGGUGUGGUCCACAUCCGCGAACCUUCGUCUUGUCAAAAGCUCCUGUGAGAAAGACAAGGCUUCAAAAAAAAAUCUAUAAAACUUGGAAUGAGGACAUGUGUACUUCGUGGGCAUGAAGAAAAUAAGUUUGUUAAUUUUUAGUUGAUAAGUGCAGGAUCCGAAAAUAGGAAACUUAAGCUUGGCACAAGCUGCUUUAUUCUUAUCGAAAAGCUAUAAAGUUCGAACAGACGAGAAUCCAAAAGGAGGGGGGGGGUGGGGGGUAAAAUGGUUAGCCAAUCCUUCCACCACAACUCCCAACACAGUUUUUAGAACGAUUGCGAAACACUUGCAACAGAACAUUUUUUCCCUUGAGGGUUGUAAAACUAAACCUAAAGUAAUUCCAAUGCUCAAUUAAAACACAGUAAAGCAAAGAAAAUUUCACAACGAGCCUCUGAGAACACUAAAAAAAAAUAUUCUAAUUGCUUGGAGUUGACCGAAGCGCGGGAAAACGGAGCGAUCAAGUCUUUGCAGCUGAAAGGCUGAGAAGACAACGCGAUGUAUACAAAUCGAUCAUAGAACAAGGUAGAGAAAAUCCAGUACAAAUUCGGAUCGCUCUCGAUGCUCAAUUUGAAAUUUCUCUAAAAUUUUAGCCAUCGCGUGCUGCCUAUAAAUUUAUGUGAGCGAUGCACUUUUAUCUCUCAGUCUGGCAUUUUGAGAUGUUGCUGAGUUUGUGCAUGGUGGUACAGGUUUGUGCGUGGCAGGCACACCUUACACAAAUAAAAAUGAAAUAACAAAGUGUGGGGUUAAAGACAGAUUGAUACAAGUCACCAUAUUCCCUUCUGAAAAACCUGGAUUCCCCCGUGAUUCUUGAAGUUAAUUCUAAAUUUUCAACAAAAUGGCUCAGAGAUUCUGGGGUCCUUGUUUUGAAAGCCAAUCAAUUUUUUUGGAAGUAAAUGUAUAUUUCUGCUGUUAUCAUAUAAGGGGAAAAAUUACUGAAUUGUGAUUGGUCAAGACAGAGGACAUAUUUU